CUUGUCGGUUCCUUUUCGAACCUGGCCUUUCGUUUUCCCCACUUUUUCUUCUUCCUCAUUAACGCCGAACUCUUUUCUCUGUGAAACCUCUCAUUCUUCUUCUUCCAUCGAAAUUCCCCAUUCUUUCAUCGACAAUACUCCGUUUCUCGAAUGCCUGUUUGAUUCACUACUUUCAGUUUCUCGUCGUUUUAAAGCCAAUGUGCCUUUGAGGUUGCUCUCUCGCGGAUGGUAUUGUAUGGAAUUUAUUUUUAAUGUAUUGUGUUUGAACUAAGCUUGUGCGAAUGCUCUGUUUGUUUCUGCUGAAACUUACAUCUUUAGAUAACCAUUUGAAUUUAGGGCAUUUCGCAGUAUAGUGAUCGACAGUCUUGUUGUGUCGUUAUUUAUAGUGGAUUGGUUUUAAUUCUGUGUUGUCUAUUGUGUAGGUCAUUUUAUGCAUUUGUUAAGGUCUUUGUUGGUUUUCUUUUGACAAGUUUCAUCUAUUCUGUACUUGCACAAGAAAUCAUAAAAACCCCCGCCCUCGCUUCACAUAAAAUUAAAUACGUUUAAUUUACACGUCAUCGUACACAAUACCCUUUAUACGAGAGCACUUCUUUUAGUUUAACAAGAAAAACCUUGUCUUACUAUGUUAAUCGAUAAUUGAAACCCUUCACAGGCGAUUGUACUUACACGCUUCUUCACAUGCUCACACAUAAGAGAGAUAUAAAUAGUUGAAGAAGUUGGGAUGAUGAAGAAAAAUAAGGAUACUUGAGAGAAAAAGGGAUAGAGAGAAAGGGGGGGAGAGCUGCAGUAGUGCAAGGGAGAAGAGAAUUAGAGGGUUUUCAAUUCAACAGAACAAAAUGAGAGAGAGAGAGAGAAAGAGAGAGCACAAUGAGAUGAAAGGAAGGAUUCUCUGUUUUUACCUGCGAAGGUAAAGAGAAAUCCUCCAGGGGCAAUUUAUCAAGAACGUAAGUAGUCAACCUUCCAUUUGCAGGCAUUUUUAACAUUUAAUAUGAAAAAUUGGUAAGCUAUUGGAACAUUAUUGUGCUGGGUUUUCCUAGUGGCAAAUGAAAGAGAGAACAAUCUCCUGCUUUGUUGGCGGUCUAUUAUCCCGUUUUGGAAUUGACAGCAUUUCAUUCAGAAACUUAAUGGGGGCUAAUAUGGAGAAUACUACACAUGGGACUGUACCCGAGUAUGGUGCCAUUUUUAUGUCGAAUAGUAUGACUAGAGCAGAAUGCUUCAAAAGGAAGUUAUCUGGUCUUCCAUAUUGGUUAGGCGACUUUGUGCUACAAAUUAAAUCUGGAAUGAUUUUGUUUCUGUUUGAAUACGAGAAUAGAGUGCUUCAUGGUGUAUUUCAGGCAAUUUCAGAUGGUGCAAUGAACAUUGUGCCCCAUGCUUAUAGCUCAUCAGGGCAACAAUUCCCUGCCCAGGUUAAGUUCUCUAUACUUUGGUCCUGCUAUCCCCUUUUUGAAGACCACUUUCAGAGUGCCAUAAAAGAAAAUUACUUUUCAGCCAAGAAGUUCAACUUUGGGCUGUCUAAAGUGCAGGUGCAUAGGCUUUUAUCUCUGUUUAGUUUGACAAAAUUUAGUGACCAACUCCAUACGAGACAGUUAAGCAGUGAUUUGUUCGAGUGUUCAAGUGAUUACUUAAUUGGUGGAAGUCAAAGUGUUGCUGAUGGUAAUGGGCUUAUAUCGAAUGGGAGGUUACAGGGAAAGCUAAUGGAGGGUGAAGAGUCUGAAGACCAAGUUAACACUAUGCAGGAAAGUGCUAUUCUUCCCCAUUAUAAUAUCAGAAAUAUAAUUCCUACCAUAGAAAAUUCAGUACAUUAUCCUUAUAUGGAUACCAGAAACUUCACCUGUAAUUCUGGUUGCCUAAGCAGUGCUCAAAUCAUAAUGCCCAGCCUCCACAGCCAAUCAGACUGCAUGACUUCUAUGGCUCUCCAAACGUUUGUAAAUUUAGAAAACAUUACAGUUCCUUCUGUAAUUCAAAGUCAAAUAAAUGUGUCAAGUUCUGAUCCUAACUUCCUUCCUUUUCCUACACGAGAGUUUGAUAAUGAUGGAACCUUGAGGAGGUCUAUCAUAACUAGUGAGUACCCUUCCAAUGGACUGAAUGAUUCCGUUUUUUCAUAUGAGAAUGAGCAGGGCCUAGCAAGGCAGGAAAACACGGAAAUAUAUGUUCCUGCGACAAGAGAAUUUCCCAGUCAAUUACCUUUUGAGUCUGUUGUAGUUUCAAGUAUGCCCUCAAUUGAACAUGCAGCAGCAAACCAUGGUCAGGAAUGCUAUGGAUCUUGUGGAAGCAUGUAUUCUGAUAGUGAAAGAAAGGGCAGCGUGUUUUCUCGCUUAUCCUAUCCAUCUGAUGCUAGAAAACAAGAAUUUAAUGGCUAUAAUCAUGAGAUGCUUUUUCUUGAUCCAUCUAUUGAUGAAGUUAUGUCUGUAUUGCAGCGACAUUGCGGGCAAUGGAAGAAAACUAACCACAAAGUGCCAUGUCCAAAACGCAAUGCUGGCAGGAACUUUGCGAAUAAAAAAUGGACAAAAUCUUUUUUAAGUUCAUAUAGUAAUUGCUUUCAAGUUUCAGAUGAACAUGGGGCAAAUAAUGAGGACAGUAUAGAUGGUAACAGUAACUAUAUUGCUAUAGAAUUUCCAUUUGUGAAUUUUAAGCGACGAAGGAAACAAUGCAAAGUUGAGGACUAUGCCCCAACUGGAGGGGAGUUGACAGGUAUGCAACAGAAAAGAAGAAAGUUGAUUCGACCUAGCUUUGCCUGUAGUGAGUUGCAUGAAUCUGGAGACACCAGCAAUGUUUCCCCAAGUUUGCGGGACAUGCUAAAGGAUGGUCUCUUUCAAGGAAAGUCUAAUAUCGAUCAUAUAAUUGAAACGAGCAUGACAGAGAAAUUAUGUCCGGCUGUUGAAUUGCCAGAUAUUAUUUGGCUGGUCGAUGACGAAGACAAGAAUAUUGGUAUUGAAACAGAAGCAACAGCUAAUGGAAAUUCUGAAGAUAGGAUAGUGUCUUCAAAUUACGUUAGCUGACACCUGGAACUGAACUAUGAUUUGGGACGUUUCUUUUAACCUGUUUUGCUGUGAUUCUUCUAUGAACUUCUUUUUUUCCUUUUUGUUGAUGAAAUAUUAUGAAACUCUUUUGUUGCAACAGUGAUGUUGAAAAUGCCUUGUUGGAAGUGAUACAUGAAUAUGGAAACCACAGCUGACUGAUGACUUAAGAGCAAACAGAUUUCACAGGUAAUUUUGUCUUUUGAACUUCCAAACAUUGUGGUUUAUUCUUCAUGGGAUAGUGAGGUUUAGUUACCAUUACAGUGGUAAAAGUUAUUGUUGUAAAGUUUUUGUCAUGCAUAUUUGAAGCAUGAGGAUGAAGUACAUGAAAUGGACUUGGGGAAGUUUAGAUUAGAAGUGAUAGUGUUGUAGAAAUGUAACUGGGGUUUCUCUCAGUCAACUGCCAAGAAUUUCUCCUCCAUGAUGGGGGGAUUCAUUAACCCCUCCCUUUUUGUAUAAAUUUUGGUUUAGAAUACAAAUACUCAGCUGUCUACUUCAAAGAAGUUGAAUUCCUUGUUGGGCAUGAUUUUUUUUUUUGGACAAUAUGGGGGAGGGGAUCAAACUUUCAAUCUCGAGGUUGGUAGUACAUUCGAUUGAGCUAUGCUCAUUUUGAUACUUACAAUAGUAUGUAUAUAUCUUGUUCUUUUUCUUUCUUUUCUCCGCUCUGCGAUAAAAUCUAUAUAUCUUCUUUUUCUUUCUUUAUUUUCUCCCCUUCUUUGUUCUU